AUGGCAUCACCAGCUAAAGGAAUGAAACGAAAGGCAAAAGAUACCGGUAAACCCAAAAAACCAACCUCCUCAUACUUUUAUUUCUUAGAAGAAUGUCGGCGAAAGGCAAAAGAAGAGGGUAGAAGUUUAUCAAAGAUUGCUGAAUUCACAAGAGAAUGUUCUGCCACCUGGAAAGAUAUCACAGCCACAGAAAAAAAGAAAUUUGAAGACAAGGCAGCAGCUGAUAAAAAACGAUACCAAAAGGAAAUGGAAAGUUAUGUCCCUACUGAUGAUGAUGAUGUCAAAGCUACGAAAAAAUCGAAGAAAGUGAAAGAUGAAAACAAACCAAAACGUCCACAAUCAGCCUACUUCUUAUUUUUAGCAGAUUUCAGAAAAAAGAUGAAGGGAAAAGACAUUGAAAAUAGAGAACUUCUCAAACAAGCUGGUGUAGAGUGGGGUAAAUUAUCGAAAGACCAAAAAAAACCUUUUGAAAAAUUAAGUGAGGUUGAAAAAGGCAAAUACGAUGCUGCAAUGGCAAUUUAUAAUAAGGUUGGUAGUAAACCAGCCACUGCCAAGAAAUCAGCGCCAGCAGCUAACGGAACUGAUGAUGAUGAAGAUGAUGAUGAGGAAGAGGAGGAUGAAGAAGAUGAUGUUGAUGAGGAAUCAGAUGAAUAA